AGCCUCCUCACCAGGAAGUGGUAUGCCGGAGAUUUUUUUUCAGGAUUUGUUUUGACAAUGAUGGAGGAAGAAGAAUUUGAAUUAGCUGAGGAUUUGGAGGCUAUUUUGCAUCUCACCCCAGAGGUGCAACUAGCCAUUGAACAGGUUUUCCCCAGCCAGGACCCACUGGAUAGAGCAGACUUCAAUGCUGUUGAAUACAUCAACACCCUGUUCCCCACCGAGCAGUCUUUGGCUAAUAUUGAUGACGUGGUAAACAAGAUUCGUCUGAAGAUCCGGCGCCUUGAUGACAACAUCAGGACAGUGGUGAGAGGCCAGACCAACGUGGGUCAGGAUGGCAGACAGGCUUUGGAAGAGGCCCAAAUUGCAAUCCAGCAGCUCUUUGGUAAAAUCAAAGACAUCAAGGACAAGGCAGAGAAGUCUGAACAAAUGGUCAAGGAAAUUACGAGGGACAUAAAGCAGUUGGACCAUGCAAAGCGCCAUCUCACUACAUCCAUCACCACCCUCAACCACCUGCACAUGUUGGCAGGAGGCGUCGACUCUUUAGAAGCCAUGACCAGAAAGAGGCAGUAUGGCGAGGUGGCCAACCUGCUGCAGGGAGUGGUCAAUGUGCUUGAACAUUUCCACAAGUAUAUGGGCAUACCCCAGAUCAGACAGCUGUCUGAGAGAGUAAAAGCAGCACAGAGCGAGUUGGGGACUCAGAUCCUGGCAGAUUUUGAAGAGUCCUUCCCCUCUCAAGGCUCCAAGAGACAAGGUGGUCCCAGUAACGUAUUGAGAGAUGCCUGCCUGGUGGCCAAUGUGCUGGAUCCACGCAUCAAACAGGAGAUCAUCAAAAAGUUUAUCAGGCAGCACCUCUCAGAGUACCUGGUAUUAUUCCAGGAAAACCAAGAUGUUGCAUGGCUAGACAAGAUCGAUCGGCGAUACGCCUGGAUCAAACGGCAGCUUGUGGACUAUGAGGAGAAGUACGGACGCAUGUUCCCUGAGGAGUGGUGCAUGACGGAGCGCAUUGCUGUGGAGUUCUGCCACAUCACCAGGGUGGAGCUUGCCAAAGUGAUGCGAACACGGGCUAAGGAGAUAGAGGUGAAGCUGCUGCUGUUUGCUAUUCAGAGGACCACAAACUUCGAGGGUCUUCUGGCCAAACGCUUCACCGGAUGCACCUUGACUGACAUACCUGGAAAAAAGAGGCCAGAAAGUCCUCUUGAAUCUACUAACCCCUUCCUGGACGAUGAUGCAGGUGAGGAUGCGGGAGCAGAUAAGGACGAGGAUCUAGCUAAGCCCAGGAAGCCAAAAGCGCCAGACAACCCUUUCCAUGGCAUUGUCUCCAAGUGCUUUGAACCUCAUCUAUACGUCUACAUCGAAUCCCAAGACAAGAACCUGGGCGAACUGAUUGACCGUUUUGUGGCUGACUUCCGAGCACAAGGCCCACCCAAGGCUGGCACGGAGGAGGGGGGAGCAGUGCUGCCCAGCUGUGCGGACCUCUUUGUCUAUUACAAGAAGUGCAUGGUGCAGUGCUCACAACUGAGCACCGGGGAACCAAUGAUCGCCCUCACAACCAUCUUCCAGAAAUUCCUGAGAGAGUACGCUUGGAAGAUCCUCUCUGGCAACCUUCCCAAAUCCAGCAGUAGCAGCGGAGGUCUUACCAUAAGCAGUCUGCUGAAGGAGAAGGAAGGCUCAGAGGCUGCAAAGUUCACCAUGGACGAGCUGUGCCUGAUCUGUAGCAUCCUUAGCACUGCGGAGUACUGCCUGGCUACCACACAACAGUUGGAGGAGAAACUGAAGGAAAAGGUUGAUAAAAUCCUCAUGGAGAGAAUUAAUUUGACUGGGGAGAUGGAUACAUUCAGCACUGUCAUCUCAAACAGUAUCCAGCUCAUCGUUCAAGAUCUUGAUGCUGCCUGUGACCCUGCUCUCACUGCUAUGAGCAAGAUGCCGUGGCAGAGUGUGGAGCACGUGGGAGACCAGAGUCCUUAUGUGACCUCAAUUAUCAUGCACAUUAAGCAGAAUGUGCCCAUCAUCAGAGAAAACCUGGCCUCCACACGCAAAUACUUCACACAAUUCUGCAUCAAAUUCACAAACUCUUUCAUUCCCAAAUUUAUCAACCACCUGUUCAGAUGUAAGCCUAUCAGCAUGGUUGGAGCUGAACAACUUCUCCUUGACACUCACUCCUUGAAGACGGUCUUGCUGGAUUUGCCCUCUAUAGGCUCCCAGGUGCUCCGCAAGGCCCCGGCCAGCUACACCAAGAUAGUGGUGAAAGGCAUGACCCGUGCAGAGAUGAUCCUAAAGGUGGUGAUGGCCCCACAUGAACCACCAGUGGUGUUUGUUGAUAACUACAUCAAGCUCCUGGCUGAUGGAAAUCCUGAGACCUUCCAGAAGAUUCUAGACAUGAAGGGUCUGAAGCGCAGUGAACAGAGCAGCAUGCUGGAACUCUUCAGGCAGAGGCUACCCACUCCGCCAUCUGGGGCCGACAGUGGCCCCUCUCUAUUCAGUGCCCCCACCCCGGAACAAGAGUCUUCCCGCAUCCGCAAACUGGAGAAACUCAUCAAGAAAAGAUUGUGAAAUGGCAAAUACACUGAAAUAUCAUCUUUAAAAUGAAAAAGACUGAAGGCCUGGAUGGUGGUCAUGUCAAAGACUUCAAUUUAGUCAUUUGGUCAGCGUUGGGAAAGAGCAAAGAUGAUGAAAGAAUUUUCUGACUGACAGUAGUAUGCACCCAAGUUGACGCUGGAUUAUGAAGAAACUUCCUCAAAUGCUACUAGCUGUUGUUGCAAAUGUCAUUCAACUCUAUUCAAUUUACCAAUGUCUGAGCUUUGUAACAUUAUUGCGCAGUGUAUAUGGACUUAAAACUGUUGCAGUGCUGUUAACUGUAUUUAGCUGGAGAGCCUCUUGCUGCCUCUCUGGGACAUGUCUAAUCAACUGUGAUUACAAGUGGCCUGGUUCCAAUUAAUAAUAAUAAUACUAAUAAUAAUUGGUUCUGAAUAUAAUGUACUCUUCUAUAUAGAUAGUUUCCCCAACUAUUUGAAUUUCAACUUUCGGAUCCAGUUUUGAAAUAUGUGCAUCUCUGCUGUCAAUUAAAAUUCACAUGCGUCAUAAAUAUCGGGAUGGAUUGUCUGACCUAAACAGUUGCAUAAAAUAAAUUACUGACUGAGUUUAGACUCCUCAAAUCUGAGAGAUGGAGAAAUAUUCCCAUCUUUAGUCUGACAUGAGGUCGGCUUUGUCUUGGCAUUUUCAAUCCCUGUAGGCCGACUUGCAUAUGAGAACUACAGUAGCUAGCUGAAGUCAUUUAACUGAAGGGUGUAUGCUAUACUGUAAAGUACAUGUGUGCAUUUAGUUUGCGAUCAGUAAGAUUUGUUCAACAGUCCAAAAUAUUUGAUAAUUUAAUUCAGUCAUCCAUCUACUUUGUAUUGGCAUUAAAUCAAAAGUUUGUCUGUGUGUAUUUAUUUAUCCUUUUAUUGAAAUUCGUAGGGCAAAUUAAGAAAUAUUUGUUUUCUUUCAAAACUUUGCUAAGAGGUCUCUUGUGUCCUCAGCAAUUUCACUUGCAGUAUAUAUAUCAGUCUCUGGAAGACAAAGGAAAAUCAGCAAUUGAAGACCAGAGAUUAUGAUGCAGUGCCUCUCAGUUGUAGUAAAUCAAGUAAAUACAUGCUUUGUGUACACAUUCCUUUGCCUUCAGCUAAAAUAAUGUUGAUUCUUUGUCAUGUCUGAAUUGUAUGCUACACACGAAAUUGUUAAACACUAUUAAAAACAUUGCCUUCAUUUUUC